AGAGGGAGGCCAGGUCCUGACCCUCGCCAGGAAGGAGAGAACACGCGGCAAGCGAAAAAGACGGAGCGCCGCGGCGCGACCAGUUGGAAAAAGACGGCCGACCGGUCUACGGUGAGGGUGACACGACGCCGGGGGGUUCAGUCUGUGUUCGCCCAUCAGAGACACAUCACCAGCUACGAUACGGUCCGGUUGCGUCUCUCUUCGUCGCGAGGGUAGCUCCUUGCAGCCAGGUGUUUCGUGCCGAGAUAAUCGAAAUCUUUUCCUCUGUCCACGCAUCCAAGCUACCUUCCACUUGAUGCGCGCGUUUCAACGUUUACGGUGAUUCGAGUGCCGACGAACGACAGUUUGACGUUACGCCGCGGGAUUACGAUUGGAUGGAACAUAAAUUUUGAGAUAGUUUCGACGGAGAACAGGUGUUUCGAGUACUUUCGAACGGAUCUCGUUGAAAUUUGUAGUUGCGGUUUCGUGAUUCAAUCCUUGGAUCGUUAUCGAGCGAUUACCGUUCAAAAGAAGAGAAGGAUUUCAAAGGUAUUUGGAUAAAGAUUGGUUCGAUCGUCGAGAAGAUUUGAACGACGAAGGAAACGUUUACGUCGUGAAUAUUCGAUCGCUGGAAGAAGCGAUACGGAAAUAACAAAAGUCGAAGCGUAUCGUUGAUUUCUCGUUCGAGGGAACGACACGUGGAUUCGAAGGACUCGCUACGAAACAAACAUUUUUACCUUCCAAUUCAGCCGCGCUCCGUGUCGUUACACACACACGCACACACACACUUACAUCUACUACCACCACCACCGCCACCACCACCACCACCACCACCACUACCACCAUUGUUAUUACAAAACAUCGAAAUACGUUCAGUGCUAAACGUGACUAGCAGUGAAAAAUAAUCGGAUCGUUGUUUUCUAAACGAUCAAGUGACCGCUAGUGUGUCGAAGAUACCGUGUUGACAACCAUCAAGAUCACUUCUCUCGUAAAAAAACAAGUCAACGCCACUUGGUUGUAUUUUUCUUCUAUACCGAGCAAUACAUCCUUUCCAUUCACCAAAACAGUCUCGUCGUUUAACUUUCGACGCUUCUGCGAGCAUGCCAGGGUCGAUGCAGAAACCGUUGCCACGAUAGACGAACUCUUGGUUUCUCUAUCGUCCACGUCGAAGCACAACGUAGGCAGAAAUUUCGGAAACAAAACUCGUCGUUCGUUGACGAAACGCGUAACGUGAAGAUGCGUGGAUCCGCCUGACACUUUCGAACGGUUGCUACUCAUUUCCGUAAUAAUUGAUCGAACGAGUCGAACGAUCGUCUGGCAAUCGGACGACCAGGGUAUAACGAGUCGAAGAAGAGAGCAGGAGUGGAGGAGAGUGGACGAAGUGGAAACAAAAGAUAGUGUACGAACGGGUGGUGCGACGUUCGGGUACGCACGUCGGCAGGCCGGCUCUGGGGUGCCGGGCCCGGGCGGGGUGAUGAGCUGUUCCGAGGUGAUGUAUCAAUAUUAUCCUUACCUCUACCAGAGGCCACCGCCGCCGCCGCCGCCGCACCCGACUCACCCUCAUACGGCCCCGCACACCCAUCCCCAUGCGAAUCCGCAUGCGGCCCACGACAGCCCUACAAGGUCGGCGUCUUUUCAAUCGUUUUCCGCGGCUACAGCGACGCACCAGUACGACAGGUUGAACGUUCACCAAAGAUCACUCGGGGCGGCAGGUCUUGAAAUUUGUGCAGCUGGUGGAAGUGUUCCGCAAGGGCAACCGAGCAGCGCAGGUUCCGUCGGUUCGGCACCCAGUCCAGCAUCGCCAAGGCCAACUCCUCAACCACGGCCACCCGUUGCAUCGACCACUUCGCAACCCUCGAGAACGUUAGAUGACGACAGAUCCACGGACGGUACGGGCACUGCAGCGGAAGAUUCAGACGAUGGUGAGAGCAUAGCGCAAUACGUUAGCACAAAUUGCGUGGUCUUCACUCAUUACCGAGGGGAUGCUGCGUCCGAGGUGGAGGAACAUUUUCAAAGGGCAUUGGCGCAUGACAAACCGAAGGAAAAUAUCUCUCCCAUGUUCAUGAGGAACUUCCCCCCUUCCUUCUGGAAGAGCCAGCAUCCUGGCGAAGUCUACGAGUGUCCAACGGAUCCAUGGCAUCCGCAUUAUCCACAGUAUCACCACAGGGCUGUGCACGAGUAUCACCACCAUAACAUGGCGACCGUGACGAGUUACGGUGGUUUGCUGUUGGGUGGUGCGCGAGGACUCGGCCACCAUGCGGCGCAUCACGCGCACUCCGCGGCCUCCUACAAGGACUGGCCGUCGGCGACGCCGUCGCAGUCCUUCGUCGACGCUUCCUCCGCACCCUCUUACCCGCACGGCUAUUACGCACCCCUCUCUGGUCUCGAGUCUCAAGUGCAAGAUUCCAAAGACCUUUACUGGUUCUAGAAGCGAGCAACGGAGUCUCGUGGGUCGAACUAAUUCGCAACAUCCGGUGGGUGAAUCCGCGAAAAAGAGAGACACGAGCUCGAAAUCCGCGACCAACAAUCGGAAGGACAACGAAAACUGUCAGCGCUCGGACGAACGUAGCGACAAAAUGGCGAACAUGGGUGCGCUCGUGGAACGUCAUCGAGGAGGGACGAGCGUAGUUGUAAACGACGCAAACGUGAUAUUAGCGUGCUAGGAGAUGAUUCAUCCGCUGAUUUUCAGACGAGACGAGAGCUGGCGGAUGAGAGGAAUGAACUUUUGUUAUACGGCCGGACGAACGUACGCGAAGAAUCGUUCAGCCCGCGUCGAAAAAGUGUACAUAGUGUUACCUAAUUUACUUUAAGGAUCUACUAUUAGCGUACAAUUCAGAUAGUAUUAGAGGAGGAAUACUUUGCGCGCACUAUUACCUUCAUAGUGACUGAUGAUAUACCUAUGUCCGACCGACGCGACCGCUGGAACAACAGAGCCUCUAGUUCGUAUAAAGUGUAGAGAAUUAGGCCACCGACAGGCGUGUCUAAAUUUUCCAAAUAAUUAGGAAAGAAGAAGAAAAAGCAGAAGAAGGAUCGAUAGAUCGUAACGAUACGAAACGAUCGUUGAUAGAAAAGAAUUCAAAGGGAGAGAUCUAUGUUCCUUGAAUAAUAUUAUCAAUCUGUAGAAUGUAUCGUUUCCGUUGAAUAAAAUGAAUCGAUAGGAUUCGUUGAAUUUAUCACGAUGGUUAACUUAUUGAAGGAAGAUAGAAAUCGGAGAGGAAGAUCAAAGGAUUAAUUAUUUGGCGAAUUUGACUGCAGAUUUAAGUGAAAUAUUUAUUGACCAAUGAUCUUGCCAUAUAUAUAUAAUAAAUAUAUAUAUAUAUAUUACUAUUAUUAUUGUAUCAUAACACCGGACGCUGCAGAAAUUCUGAAAUCUCUCCAAGUCAGCAAAUUAAAAAUAGUUAUUACCCGAA